AUGGCAUGGUGGGAGAAGGAAGAUGUUCAGAAUAUUUUAGGAUCCAUCAGUAGAGUAUAUUUGGUGUUGACUUCCUGUUACUUCACGACACUCACCCCAGAUAUUUUCAUUUUGUCCACUGCCGAUCGGAGAUCAAUUAUGGAAAAGCUAUGUAAAAAUAUCAAUAUCAGUCACACGGAAACGGAUCUUUGCUGCAAACGAGGGCUCCCCACGACAAACGAUGCAAUACGCUUUGAUGACAUUAUUAAAUCCCAGAACGAUGAAAGGCUUUACAGGGGUCUGAUAUUACCGAAUAAAAUGAAGGUGCUACUGAUAAGCGAUUCAACGACUGACAAAAGCGCUGCAUCUCUCGACGUUAAUGUCGGAACUAUGAGUGACCCCGCAGAAUUACCAGGUCUGGCUCACUUUUGUGAGCACAUGCUUUUUCUUGGAACAGAAAAAUAUCCAGGGGAGAAUGAUUAUACAAAAUACAUCUCCGAACAUGGUGGGGCAAGUGACGCAUCUACCGGCGAGGAUUACACGAAUUACUAUUUUGACGUGGACCCAGAAAACUUGUCCGGGGCGUUGGAUCGGUUUUCUCAAUUUUUUUUGACCCCAUUGUUCACCGAGUCAGCCACCGAGAGGGAAUUGAAUGCUGUUGAUCUUGAGCAUGAAUCAAAUGUAAAGAACGAUGCAUGGCGAAUUAGUCAGUUACAUAAAUCAUUGGCAAAUCCUAAACAUCCGUAUUCGAAAUUUGGAACGGGAAGUAAGGAGACGUUGGACGUGAUUCCGAGGAAAGCUGGUAUCAACGUCAGAGACGAACUGUUGAAAUUUCACGAAAAAUGGUACUCAGCCAACAUUAUGUCGCUCAGUGUUCUUGGAAAAGAAAGUCUCGAAGAAUUGGAAACCUUAGUUACUACAUUUUUUUCUAAUGUGAAAAAUGCUAACGUUGAUUUACCAAACUGGGUCGAACAUCCAUUUUCUGAGGAGCAUUUUCAAACAAAAUUAUAUAUCGUACCCAUAAAGGAUACGAGAGAUCUAAGCAUAAUGUUUCCGUUACCUGACUUGCGAGAAUAUUUCCGAUCUGCGCCGUCGUCUUAUGUUUCGCAUCUUCUUGGACACGAAGGUGAAGGUUCUCUGUUGUCUACAUUAAAAACCAGAGGCUGGAGUAGUAGCUUACUAGCUGUAAGCGAAGAAGGAUCUAGAGGUUUCAACUUUUUUGGCAUUUAUGUCGAUCUAACGGAAAAGGGAAUGGAACACAUCGAUGAUAUUGUCUUGUUGACGUUUCAGUACAUCAAUUUGGUGAAAACCCAAGGUCCUAUUUCAUGGAUUUUUGAAGAAUACAAAGCCAUGGGGACAAUAAAUUUCGGUUACCAAGAGAAGUCGUCACCUUGUGGUUUGGUCAACUCAACUGUAGGUUGUUUGCGACAUUAUCCCAUGCAGGAAGUCUUGACAGGACCUCGGUUGUUCAAAGAAUGGAGACCGGACUUGAUUGAAAAGGUACUGAGUUAUCUGACUCCGGAAAAUGUUAGAAUCUCUGUUGUAGCUCAGCAGUAUGAGGAUAUUGCUAGUGAAAAGGAAACUUGGUAUGGAACUCGAUAUAUGAAAGAAAAAAUACCAAAUGACAUUAUUGAAAAAUGGAGAAAUGCAGGUCUGAACCCGGAUCUACGACUUCCAGCUAAAAACGAAUUCAUACCAACAAAUUUUGAGCUAAAACCACAAGAGCCUGACGCAAACAAAUUCCCAGUAAUUAUUGAAGAUACAGCGCUAAUGCGAGUUUGGUUCAAGCAAGAUGAUGAAUUUCUCUUGCCUAAGGCUAAUCUUAGCUUUGACUUUAUUAGUCCUUUGGCGUAUAUGGAUCCAGUUAGUCGCAAUUUAGCACACAUGUUCGUGGAGCUGUUCCGCGAUUCAUUGAAUGAAUAUACUUAUGCUGCUGAACUUGCAGGAGUGUGGUGGUCUCUUAGUCAUAGCAACUACGGAAUGACUUUGGUAAUCGGAGGCUAUAGUGACAAGCAGCGAAUAUUCCUUGAGAAAAUCAUUGAUCAGAUGGCCAGUUUUAAAGUGGAUCCGCAACGAUUCGAAAUCAUUAAAGAAAAUUAUAUUAGGAGUUUGAAAAAUAUGGAUGCUGACCAGCCUCACGAUCAUGCUGAUUACCACUUGCGGGUUUUGCUUGCAGAAACUAAAUGGACCACAGAUGAGUUGUUAGACUCAACUCCAUUAUUGACAGAGGAAAGGGUACAACAGUUUAUACUGCAGAUGUUAGGAAAAGUGCACAUUGAAUGUUUACUACAUGGAAACGUGACCAAGUCGGAAGCGUUAGAUAUGGCUAAACUAUUUGAAUUUAAAUUGAUCAACACGUUGCCACAAGUCACACCACUAUUACCACGACAAUUACUUCUAUGUCGGGAUGUUAAAUUAGAGGAAGGUUGUAACUUUCUUUACGAGGUCGAUAAUAAUUUGCACAAAAGUUCAUGCGUCCAAGUGUACUACCAAUGUGAUCAUCAGGCGCUAGAAUCAAACAUGCUUUUGGAGCUUCUGGAUGAAAUAAUAUUUGAACCCUACUUUGAUAACUUGAGAACCAAAGAACAGCUGGGUUACAUCAUAUCAAGUGGAAUACGAAGAACAAACAGUGCACAAGGUCUGAUCUUUACUGUGCAAAGUGACAAACACCCUCGAUAUGUUGAACAAAGAAUAGAGGCCUUUUUGGAGGCGAUGUUGGGCCAGUUGGUUGAUAUACCGGAAGAAGAAUUCUCAAGACACAAAGAUGCCUUAGCUACAAGAAAAUUAGAGAAACCGAAAAUGCUGGACGAUCUGUCGAGUUUGUUCUGGUCUGAAAUAUUGGGCCAACGAUACAAUUUCGAUAGGGCUAACAUCGAAGUAUCCUACAUGAGAACUAUAACGAAAGAAAUGGUUGUCAAAUUUUAUAAGGAUGUCCUACUGUAUUCAGCUCCAACUAGAUGUAAACUUUCGGUACAUGUAGUUUCAAUGGCUGAAGGCGGAGCUGGACGUACAGAGGUCAACGUCACGGAAAAUGGAUCAUCUCCGUCCUCGGAAUCUCAUCUAAAUACAGCUUGUAGAAUUAAUGACGCGAUGGCGUUUAGUUCAACCCAAGCGUUGUACCCUCUGGUAAAGCCAUUUAUUGAUAUCCCAAAGAAAAAUAUGAGCAGAUGUAAAUUAUAAUGAUCAAGUAUAAUGGAUACGAUGCACCGGACGUGGGUAUCCGAGACAUAUGUUAUUAAAUAGUAGGGCAUGAUUUCGAAUGGAUUGAACUAUGAGAUGAUUGUAUUAUAAAACGAUUGUUCACCAAUCCCACGUACGUUGUUCAA